AUGUCGUUGUCCAGCCUAGCCAACUUCUGUGCCCAUUUAAAAAACUGCACGAACGUGAAUAUUGGCCUUACGUCAGUGCCUUUAUCUAGGUUGCAUUUGCAGGUUGCCCUCAACUUAUACAAGGAAGGCUUCCUCUCGUCUAUACAAAGAGGCUCAACAGCUGGACCAGAUGAAAAGCCUGUCGAUGUCACCCCUGACAACAUAGCGACCCGCCGUUUGUGGUUGGGCAUAAAAUACAGAAACAAUCUUCCAGUUAUCAGAGAUCUUUCAUUGGUUUCCAAGCCAGGCAGAAAGGUCAACUUGAGUACAACUGAGGUCAAGGCCUUGGCCUCUGGUUUCCCUGUCAGAUUCAUCAAACCACUCCAACCUGCUGAGUGUAUAUUCCUAAGAACAGAAGACAACGAGGUUGUGGAGAUCCAGGAGGCUGCAAAGAGAGACUUGCAAGGAUUGGCCUUGUGCAGAGUCAAAUAA